UCUGAAUUACUUACAAGAUAGAACACAAGUGUCAUUUAGAGACAUGUUGUUGCUGGACCAUUUCCGUAGAUAUAUAGUUAUUUAUGAUCCAACAACUUGGUACAGAAAUAUAAAAAAACAUUCAGUCAAACGGUGACCAAGUGUGAUAAUGCAAUUACGAGAACGUUUCUUCGAUCUCUUCCAUGGGUUAGCCAGUUUCUAUAUAUUCAAUAAUCAACAGGGAUUGAGGCACAGAAAACAUACACAAAACAAACAACAUAUGAUGAUGGGUCGAUCAAGGAAUGUGGCAAUUCUUGUAGUAAUAACUGUAAUGUUACUAAAGACCACAGAAGCUGAAGAUUACGAGGUGGGAGGUACCACAGGUUGGACAAGCUUUCCUCCAGGAGGUGCUUCUUUCUAUUCCAAAUGGGCUUCCAAUUUUACAUUCAAAGUAAAUGACACUCUAGUGUUCAACUUCGAGUCUGGAAGCCACAGUGUGGUGGAACUUUCGAAUGCUAACUAUGAAAACUGUGGAGUCGACAACAAUAUCAAAAGCUUUAAUACAGGGCCAGCUAGAGUUAUCCUCACAGGUCCAGGGGAAUUCUACUUUUCCUGCCCCUUUUCAGGCCAUUGCAGCAGUGGCCAAAAGGUAAGCGUUACAGUUGAAGCUUCUUCACCUUCUCCUUCUGCAUCUGGUUCAGAUUCCACUAAAAGAGCCCCAUCACCCCAAACUCAUUCCACUGAUAUAGCCCCUCCACCACACGGCUCAGCCACCCCUCUGGCUUCUACCUUCUCUCUGUUCAUCAUCACCAUUAUAGUCAAUUUUCUGUCUCAAUUUUAGGACACUUGUUACUAUACUCUCUCUUUCUAAAACAAUUUUCUUCAUCCAAAUUCAUUCAUCUCAAUCUUUUAAAGUAUGUGACAUGCAGAUUCAAUAAGAUUCAGAUGAACUUCAUAAAAUUGAAGAGAAUGUUUCAGAAAGAGGAUAUUGGAUGUACAUCGAUUUCAUUAAGCCUGUUGGGUUUCCGAAAUUUUGGCUUGUGAUAUAUAUUGUUUAAUUGAUUUCCAGCUACUUGGACUCCAUUGAGAUGAUUGUGAUUGAAUAAACAAAUCUUCUAUUGUGGGUUUUGUUUUA